AUGACGCUAGUUAAAGCCAAAGCAGCGCCCUCCGACCUCCUUAUCAGCCUUCUUGCGACCAAGUCUGCAGAUCGCACCCUUUUCCCUCGAAGGGAGGCUCAAAAGCUCCCCCUUCGACUCCCUGUGUCGCUGUCCGUCUCCAAAGGCGACUUGGAGCGUUAUCAAUCGCGCAUUUCUAAAGUGCUCGAUGUCCUCUCGCGCGCAGUUUUAACCGACCGAAAGCAGGCUGCUGCUGUCGCUGCAUCGGUAGUCCCCCUGCUCCUGGGCCUGCCUACCAACGACCAGAUCAAGGCCCGUAUACGAGAUAUCUUGACCGCCCUCAACAAACUCACUGAAGACGAAACGCGCAACGCAAAGGCCUUCAUAAUGGGCUUCUACCGCUACGGGUGGAAGAGAUUUGAACACCAAUACAACAAGAGGGCUGGACGCUUAGGAGACUUGGAAAGUUCCGACAAGAGUCCCGCGCGGAUGAGGGUCUUGUCGAACACCUCGAGAAAACGCUCGGUCGCCGCGAUUGCAUUCGCGGAGCAAUACGACAGAUUGCGGGAGGUGAUCAACCAGGAGGAUAAUGCGCUACCCAGCGACCUUGCCAUGGUGUACUCCAAUUUCGAGAAAUACCUUCAAUGGUCUGAAUCUAUACCCAUUCCCAUUACUCGUUGGAUCAUCAAACUGUCCUCUUUGCAUCUCGACGCCAGACGACUCCAAGCCUUGGGCAAAUCUGUACAUUUUCGGGGGAUCCUAUUUGGCGAUUUGGACAUCAGGAUAUACCGACAAGCCGGUCCCUCAAAGCAGACGAUACAGUGCAACGACGUUAUCCUUUUCUUGGCCCUCGCACACCUGAGGCAGACGUUCGAACCGUUUUUGCGCCUAAGAGAGGAGGGGUACGAGGUGUCCGAAGCGGAUUACGAGAUUUUCAAGCAACUGCGAAUCGUACUGGGGGUGGAUCAAGCGAAAUACCUCAAUCCCGACGCAUGCGUCCACUGCGAGAUAUUCCUCCUUCGCCGCAUUCAAACCGAGGGUGUUCCUAUUCUGCCUUAUAUCGGGGUUUCGAAGCUAUCCUGCGUCCCAUGUUCUGUCUACUUCCAUUGCCUCGGUCCUUCUGGGUUCAACCCAGUCUCUACAAGAGGCUCGGACGGCAAAACCUAUCCUGGCUGGUUAUUCCCAUCCGACGCAGCGGAACCAGAGGACGCGGAACGACUUGCGGCACUGAAGACGAAGGUUAUGGAACGCCUGGAAGAGUUUCUGUGGGACCACAUUGACGAAUUGAGUCGCCCAAGGAAGUCCGACAGUACCGUUGGUUCCGUUGACGAUGCCGCGGAAAAACAGGAUAAACAAGCUCUUUCCGACUGA